UGGUAAGUCAAAUAUAGUUGGAUUUUGUCGCCUGCAACAACGAUAUUAUUAUAUGCUAAGUUUUGCUUUCUGACACUUCACCACACCCAUGAUUGAUCGUAGUAAUACUCAGCAGUAGAUAUCUCUUCUUAUGCUACUGUUUUUAUUGCUGGGAGGGAGUAUCUGUAUCUGAAAAAUUCAAAACUUUUGACUUUUCGAUUACAAAAACUAUUAGGUCCUUUUCUCUCAAUAUUCUUCAAUGUCUUUGAUAUUUUCCCCAAUUUCUAUCUCAACUCCUCUGAAACCGGAAAACGUGUUUAACCUUACGCCCAUCACUUCUCCAAAUGCCGCUUCUCCGCGUCCAACCUCGCAAGAUGCUCGUUUUUUGCUUUGAGCGGAGGGGGGAUCGCAGAGCUUCUUCUACAUUUCGAAUAUGGAAUGACUCCCCCGAAUUGAUUGUUGCUUUUAAGGUUAAGACCACAGAUCGCCUGAAGUUCAGCGGUAGUCCUAUUUAUGGAAUUCUGAUGCCUAGAUCGCAUUGUGAUGUAGAUGUAACUGUACACGGUCAAGUGGAGGCUCUCUUUAAGAUACAACAUGCGGAUAAUGUUAUUAUAAAAAGUCUGAGAGCAAGUGAAAGUGACACGGUAGAAAGCAUCCGAAGCCUGUUCACAGAACGAAAAGAUAUGGAAGAUUAUAAACUAUCAGUGGCGUACACGAUGGAUCAGAAACCAUCGAACUUUGAGUUCACAGAACGAGAAGAUAUGGUCGAAGAUGAGAAAUUAUCAGUGGCGUACGCAAUGCAUCAGAAACCAUCAAAUUUUGAGAUUGGCAUCGUCGUUCUACUCACAUGCUUCGCCUUCUUGUACUUUGCGACGUUGAUUCUAUCACACAUAAGGGCUUUGAUAUCUUUGAUCACAAUAUUGGUGGUAAGGGUGGGUCUGUGGAUGAUGAAGAGUAAAGCUUUAGAUGCUGCAGAAGAGUGGAUUAAGAGUACUCUUCUUUACUUAAGCUUCUGUUUUCUUGCUGCUAUCAAGGAGUAUGUUCUUGAUCUGUGUUGGGGGUGGCUUAAAGUCAUCUAUAAGGCUUUCCCUGGCCUAUGUGAUUCUCUGUAUUUGUAUGUUUUCGGGCCUCAAGUGAGAGGACAGCGUCCGCGUCGCAGAUAUUAGUUUCAACUGUGAAAUUACAUGUUGAGUUGACAUGGAACUCUAAGAGGCUUCUUGGUAUGAUGUAAUGGAAUAAAGAGGAAAUGGAAUGGAGAUGAGAAUGAAAUGAGAAUGUGCUUGGUGAAUAUAAGGAAUACAAAUGGAAUGGAAUUGUGUAGUA